AUGUUUGCCAGUACACCCCAGGGAGUGAGAGCGCAGGCCAAAUCGUUGAGAGCCCCUUCCGCCAUAUCGAGCAUCGCAUCCUACCUUAACGGUAUCUCGUCCUACGUCGCCCAAAACCUCUCUGAGAAGUCCCCAAGCACAGAGUUUGAUCCCCUUGAUCCGUCUGAACGGGUCCUUUCCGCUGCAUUUUGUUGGGUGGAUUGGGAGAAUAAGCGGCAGUUGUGCCUGUUUCUGGGUUACGGGAGGGGCUUUCAGGUAUGGAGCUUGGGGGACCUGGAGAAUGUGAGGGAGGUGGUGUCGGUGAGGGAGGGGCUCCGGAAGGUUACGUGGGUGGAGGCAUUACCGACUCCGUAUCGACGAGAUGGCUCCACGGACUACUUGGAGCACGCCAGACCUCUCAUUGCGUACAUAACUGAAGUGGUUUCCGAGGAUUCAAGUGGCAAGCCCCAGAGCGCCUUGCAGCUGUACUCGUUGAGGUCUCUGACAGCUGUGCAGACUGUAAAGUUUGGAGAGGAUACAGCUCUAGAAGCGAAAUGUAAUGCAAGGGUCAUUGCUGUGUCCCUCGCGUCCCACGCCAUCCAUAUUUAUUCCGCUCUAACACUCCAUCUCCUCGGCGUCUACACCGACACUCGCCCAAACCCCCUAAAUAACGCAAUAGUCUAUGACAUCGGUUCCCGUUAUAUUAUCUACGCGACAUCUACUCCCCCGCCGCCCUCCCGCCGCAAAGGAACAUCGACUGACGAAUUGCCGUCCGAUCCCGACAGCGACGACGCAGACGGGAUCCCGGAUGCGGGAUUGGCCCGGAAGGUUGCUGGUAAAGUAGCAAAAGAUUUGGUCGUGGGUGCCAAGGUGAUCGGAGAGUAUGGGUACCAGGCUUUGAGCAAUUACUUCUCGCCGGCCACCAAAGAGGGAGUCGCCUUGCGUGCAGAGGAGGACGUCAAGGUGAAUGGUACACCUGGGGGGAAGGUGAAAGAGAAUGGGAAAUUGGAUAGAUAUGCCGAGCUGCCUAGCGGAGUGGUUGUGAUCCGCCCCCUCCCUACGCCGACAUCCCCCUCCUCAAACUCAUCGACAACAACAUCUCCACAACCGCAUCCCCCUUCCAUAGCCCAUUGGAAACCGCACACAAAUCCUGUCUCUGUGAUCGCCUUCAACCCAAACCAAACACUGGUGAUAACGGCCUCCAGCCAAGCCAAUACCUUCUAUAUAUGGCAGGUCCCAGGUCGAAGCAGCAAGGGUAAACCACGGACUGCCGUUCAAUGCUUAUACAAACUCGAACGGGGUUACACGAUGGCGACGAUCGAGAGUGUCGCGUUUUCGGUGGACUCCAAGUGGGUUGGCGUGACGACCACCCGGGGGACGACGCAUGUGUAUCGGAUUAACCCAGCGUCUAUGAAGGAAAAGAGUUUGAAUGGUAUGAAUGGUGAACGCCUGAACAUUAUCAAUGGUUUCGCGGAACCGAAGCAGACUCAGACUUUGGUACCGGGGACCGCUGAAGGAGGGAUUGCCAGCUUGUACCCAGUGGCAAGGAUCAAGCGUCAACCUGUCGAGGCGUCUCCGAAAAGCGAAGCAUGGUCCGAAGGUGUGGUUUCUAAUGAUAGCAUCACCUGCGGAAGUGGUCGUGCCCCUCUGAUCGCCGCCUUCCUUCCCGACAAGAACGCGCUCAAAGACACGGCCGCGGCUGUUUAUGACCGCCGUUCCCACGACAGGAGCAGUCCUGUCGGUUCCGCUGGCACGACAUGUGGUGGAAGUUGGACCCACACUCAAGCUGAAGCUCCAGUCUCUGCGAUCCGACUGUUCCGCCAACGCCUCCUCACCUUUCAUCCUACCGACCGCGGCAGCCUCAUGAUGCAUCAUGUUGACGUCCUACUCGAAGAUCCCACCCCAGCCAGCCCUCAAACCCUCCUGCCCUCACCUAAGCGAUCCAGCACAGGUGCUAGCCCGUCGUCAUUUGACCGCUUCUCUCCGUCGGGGCUCUUUAGUGCGUUCCCGGGGUUGGGAUUUGGAGGCAAAAAGCAGCAUAUUCGGGUUAAAGUCUCUGAAGUCAUGGAAUGGAACGUGAAGCGCGAAAUGGACUGGGGUGAAGUCAAACGCUCCGUUCAAACAUCUCCUUCUCGUCCUCCUGCUCCCACUCGAACCAACCCAACGCAAACUCCAACAACAACAACUUCAACAACAACAGCAGCAGCAAAAUCAUCACCACCAUCACGCAUACAGUGGCCGUCAAAGAUUGAAAUUGUUACGCACGAAACAGCGCCGAGACCUCCAGUAUGGAUGGGCCCGCAGUUUUGCUUUCAAGUGUUUGAUGCGUCGCGGUCUCUUGUCUCUAUUGAACCGAAUAGCCCCGAUUUGAGCGACCUUCCGGCUGCAUUCCAUGUUCAGAUUAGACGGGAGGCGCCUAAACCCUAUGGGGAUGACAAAACCCUUGUUCCGAACGGUCAAUUCCCCGUCCUGGGCGGCGACGAAAAGUUUCAAGAAGGUAUCUCGACUGCCAUGGGGUCCUUUAUACAGUUCCCAGAUGAGGACACCGUCAUCCCAAAUGGUGGCGACCGAGAUUCAUUAUCAUUUGAAGACGCCUAUCACAUUCAUAUUGUUGCGCGACGACAUGGUUUCCAACCAUCGGAAACUGGAUCUUUGUCCUGUGACGAAGACGAGGAAGCUAUAGGCGGGGUGCAUCCAUGUGGAGGGGUGGUUGUGGAUGAGGAUGAGGUGUAG